UAUAACAAUCAGGCCCUGCUCUCACCCACUGGCUAAAACCUGAGAGCGACAGUUGAAUAUACCAAUGGGACCCUGAAACAGUCUAAGCGACAGCCAAAAUCACCACUCAAUGUCAGCUAAGUGUGAGUAAGGCGGGACUUUGAGUACGGAAGCUGCCCCGGGACAUGAGGAAAGGAACAAGGGAAAGACCCGGUGAAGGGGCAGAACAGGCAGGUUCCCUCGACCCAGGACCCCCUGUUCCCAGGCUAUGGCCCCCAGUGCCCUGUAGACCUGGCGGGCCGCCUGUGCUUGCGACCCCUAUUUGGGGGUCUGGGUGGCUACUGGAGGGCCUUGCAGAGGGGCAGAGAAGGCAGGACCAUGACAUCUAGGGCCUCUGAACUUUCCCCGGGGCGCAGCGUGACGGCUGGCAUCAUCAUUGUUGGAGAUGAGAUCCUUAAGGGGCACACUCAGGACACCAACACCUUCUUUCUGUGCCGGACACUGCGCUCCCUAGGGGUCCAGGUUUGCCGAGUCUCAGUUGUACCUGAUGAGGUAGCCACCAUUGCAGCUGAGGUCACCUCUUUCUCCAACCGCUUCACCCAUGUCCUCACAGCAGGGGGCAUCGGCCCCACUCAUGAUGAUGUGACCUUUGAGGCAGUGGCACAGGCCUUUGGGGAUGAGCUGAAGCCACACCCUGAGCUGGAAGCAGCCACCAAAGCCCUAGGAGGGGAAGGCUGGGAGAAGCUGUCAUUGGUGCCCUCCUCUGCCCGCCUGCAUUACGGCACAGAUCCUCGCACUGGUCAUCCCUUCAGAUUCCCACUGGUCUCCGUCCGAAAUGUCUACCUCUUCCCAGGCAUUCCAGAGCUGCUGCAGCGGGUGCUGGAGGGGCUGAAGGGACUGUUCCAAAACCCAGCUGUUCAGUUCCACUCAAAGGAGCUGUAUGUGGCUGCUGAUGAAGCCUCCAUUGCCCCCAUUCUGGCUGAGGCCCAGGCCCACUUUGGACGUAGGCUUGGCCUGGGUUCCUACCCUGACUGGGGCAGCAACUACUAUCAGGUGAAGCUGACUCUAGACUCAGAGGAAGAAGGACCCCUGGAGGAAUGCCUGGCCUACCUGACUACCCGUUUGCCCCAGGGAUCGCUGGUCCCCUACAUGCCCAAUGCCGUGGAGCAGGCCAGUGAGGCUGUAUACAAACUCGCUGAAUCAGGGUCUUCUCUGGGGGAAAAGGUGGCAGGUGCCCUACAGACCAUUGAGACCGCCCUGGCUCAGUACAGCCUCACCCAGCUCUGUGUGGGCUUCAACGGGGGCAAAGACUGCACCGCCCUCCUGCACCUCUUCCAUGCAGCUGUGCAGAGGAAAUUACCUGACGUUCCAAACCCCCUCCAGAUCCUGUAUAUCCGCAGCAUCUCCCCUUUCCCUGAACUGGAACAAUUUCUACAGGACACUAUCAAGAGGUAUAAUCUGCAGAUGUUGGAAGCUGAGGGCAGCAUGAAGCAGGCCCUGGGUGAACUGCAGGCACGGCACCCCCAGCUGGAGGCUGUCCUGAUGGGCACCCGCCGGACUGACCCCUACUCCUGUAGCCUCUGCCCUUUCAGCCCCACUGAUCCAGGCUGGCCUGUGUUCAUGCGCAUCAACCCACUGCUGGACUGGACCUACAGAGACAUCUGGGACUUUCUGCGUCAGCUGUUUGUCCCGUACUGUAUCCUGUAUGACCGAGGAUACACAUCACUGGGGAGUCGGGAGAAUACCGUGCGGAACCCGGCUUUGAAGUGCCUGAGCCCAGGAGGACACCCCACGUACCGUCCAGCCUACCUAUUGGAGAACGAAGAAGAGGAGCGAAACUCCCGCACAUGACCUCCCACCCUAGGAGGAAGGGUUCUAGGGUAUAACCUGGCAAUAAACCAUGCCUCUCACUGUG